ACUUGCGUUGCACCAAAGCGGAGCGCGGCCGCGACGGGGCGGGCGGUCUCGCGGGCGCUCAGAACUGGCCUCGGGUCCUCAGCGCCUGACGCUCCAAAUCCCAUUUUGACCCCAACCCGGCCUGGGACCCAGACUCCGACCCGGCCAGGCCCGGCCCCCGCCCCCGCCCCCCGGGCCGAUGGACUACUCCUACCUCAAUUCGUACGACUCGUGCGUGGCGGCCAUGGAGGCGUCCGCCUACGGCGACUUCGGCGCCUGCAGCCAGCCCGGCGGCUUCCAGUACAGUCCCUUGCGACCCGCCUUCCCCGCGGCCGGGCCUCCCUGCCCCGCGCUCGGCUCCUCCAACUGCGCGCUUGGCGCUCUACGGGACCAUCAGCCUGCGCCCUACUCGGCAGUGCCCUACAAGUUCUUCCCGGAGCCGUCGGGCCUGCACGAGAAGCGCAAGCAGCGGCGCAUCCGCACCACGUUCACCAGCGCGCAGCUGAAGGAGCUGGAACGCGUCUUCGCCGAGACUCACUACCCCGACAUUUACACGCGCGAGGAGCUGGCCCUCAAGAUCGACCUCACGGAGGCUCGCGUGCAGGUCUGGUUCCAGAACCGCCGGGCCAAGUUCCGCAAACAGGAGCGUGCUGCCAGCGCCAAGGGUGCGGCGGGCGCGGCGGGAGCCAAAAAGGGUGAGGCGCGCUGCUCGUCCGAGGACGACGACUCCAAGGAGUCCACGUGCAGCCCCACGCCCGACAGCACCGCGUCGCUGCCGCCGCCGCCCGCGCCCGGCCUGGCCAGCCCGCGCCUGAGCCCCAGCCCGCUGCCCGCCGCCCUGGGCUCCGGGCCCGGACCUGGGCCGGGGCCACAGCAGCUCAAGGGCCCGUUGUGGGCCGGCGUGGCGGGCGGUGGGGGCGGCGGGCCAGGCGCGGGCGCGGCGGAGCUGCUUAAGGCCUGGCAGCCGGCGGAACCCGGGCCCGGGCCCUUCUCGGGGGUUCUGUCCUCCUUUCACCGGAAGCCCGGCCCGGCCCUGAAAACCAAUCUCUUCUAGCCGCUGGCCUCCAGAGGCUCCGGGCCUGCCUACCCCUGCCCCUCCAGGGCCUGACAACCCCUUCCCACCCCAGGUCUGCCUGAUGGCCCCACUCCCACUGUGUCUGACCCCUCCGUUUGCCCUCCCCAGCUUCGGAGACCAAGCCAGGGCUACUCUUGUCUUCACCCACCCCCAUUCCGCAAGGUGGGGGUGGGGGUGGAGGUGGGGGCGGGUACUUUUCACUGGGAGAGCUCUCCUCCAGGAGAGCUGAGCCUCGGCUUCUAGCCUGGCUCUCUUUGAAAAGGGGAUCAAACAAUGCCUGCCCCAACAGUGCUCAAAGGUGAAUCCCCAGAUGGAACAGCCCGGCUUCCUUCCCUGCCUCUGCAGCUGGCUGGGUCUUCCCUUGGCUUGGUGACCAGCCUGCUGCCCCAGCCCUUGGGCCCACCCACACUGACCCCACCGGUACAAAGGCUGGU